GCGCAUCUGUAACAGUAAGAAACGUACGAGCAACGAAACGCAAACAAAUAGAUUAAAAUCCCGAAACGCAGUUUAAUAUUUCCAGAAAAAAAUAAAAUAGUUGGAGAAAAUGUCCCUGGUUCCAAUGUCCUUCCGCGACUGGUGGGACGAUGGCUGGUGGACUGGACCGCAUCGAACAGCGCAACUAUUCGAUCAUCAACACUUCGGUAGUGGAAUUUUUAACGGCACAAUGGGAACUUUCCCACCAAUGGUUCCGCUUCUUCCACUACGGCCACUAGUGUUCCCUCGACCAUGGACCAAUUUCAGCCAGCCACCAUUUCGAAACGGAAUUUCAUCUCUUGCGGAUAAGGAUAACCUUCAGAUUAGUCUCGAUGUGCAGCUGUUCAGUCCCAGUGAGAUCACCGUUAAAACAGUUGACAAUACCGUCAUUGUGGAGGGAAAACACGAAGAAAAACCGGAUGAGCAUGGUUUCGUUUCGAGACAUUUCAUGCGGCGAUAUGUGCUACCGAGCGAUCACGACCCCAAGGAUGUAAUAUCGAGCCUUUCCUCCGAUGGAGUACUGACCAUAAUAGCACGCAAAAAGGCACUUCCCCCGCCGGAUCCGGCGAGCGUGAGAACAAUACCAAUUACACAAACUGGUGAAAAUUCGAAGUGAAGCCCCGGUGUCGAAGAGUUUUGCUAAUUUUAACCGAGAAAAAAGGCAGCAAAUUGCAAUUUUCGUGAUACAUCUUGAUUUUAUUUCAUUUAUUAUUUUUUAUUGAUUUAUUUUAUUUAUAGUGAGAUUUUCUGCUUCAAUAGCUAAUAUUAAUAACAAUUAUUAUAAACAGAUAUUUAUACACAAGAUAAAAUUGAAUCUUUUAUAUUAGUGUUUAGCCUGUUUGGAACUACAAUCUAACUGUAUUGGUCGAA